CGCGCGCGUUUCUAAUCGCCCAUGCAGACAUUUUUCUUUUAACGAAUUAAGAUUUGAUUUGCUUUUCGAUAGGAGAAAAUUUCCUCUCAAAAAACGCGCGUAUAUACAUAUGGAUAGAUGUCACUUUCUGCUCGUAUUUUUGGCGGGAAAAGUUCUACAAAAUCGGAGCACAAAACGAAACAACAUUUAAACCUGCUCGGUUAAUUUGUGUUAAAAAAAAAAAAAGUUUGUCGGAGUGUUUACAACGCUGGUGUAUUUUGAUUCAAAGAAGAGUACAAAAAACAUGUCAAAGGCAAAAGCGUCGGCAGCCAAUGCAAAGAGGUCGAGACCGAUAACUGCUUGGCUCAAGAAAACCGAGCAGAAUCUGGUAGUGGAAGAAAAAGAAACCGAUGAAGUCAGUGCCAAACUGCUCAAGCUGAUACCAAGAGUUUGCUUGGAGCCACUUGAUGAUAACAUUUUAAAGCAGUCUAAUGUGAUUGAUGGUGUGAAGAACUUGAGCUUAAAGAAUAGUGUUACUACCAAGAAAGUCAAGAAUUGGCUAAAAAAAGACAAGAGUAGUGAAAAUCAAGUCAAAGACUUGAGACGUUCAGCAAGAAAUCUUCCACCAAAUGAAAAGGAAAAGCUAGUAAAAACUGAAAUAGAGCCAGACAUCAAAUCACUACCUGCUAUCCUCUUCAAGGGGCGCAUAAAUUAUAUUCACGAUUUUUAUGAUAUUGCUAGUCUAUGCGACAAGUUACUAACAGAUGUAAAACAAAGUAACGAGACAGUGAUACCAGUAGGUUUUGACUUGGAGUGGCCGUUUAGUUUUCAAACUGGAAGUGGAAAGACUGCUCUGGCUCAAAUUUGUUUAUCCGAAAAAGAGUGUCACCUUUUGCACUUGUAUAACAUAAAAAAAUUACCUUCUAGUUUUAUUGAAUUUUUGAGCCAUUCAAAAGUAAAACUUGUCGGGGUCAACAUUAAAAAUGAUGUGUGGAAGUUGACAAGAGACUUCAAAGAAUUUCCAGGACAAAAAGUUGUUGAUAACAAUUGCUUAGACUGUGGGCCACAUGUUAAUUCAGUCCUGAAUCGAUCCUGUCGAUGGAGCUUGGAGAGAUUGACUGCUUAUUUGUUGAAGAAAAAAAUUUCUAAGGACCCAGCUGUAAGAAAAAGCAAAUGGCACAUCCAUCCUUUAAGUAACUCUCAAAAACUUUAUGCUGCCACUGACGCCUACGUUUCAUUACUACUGCAUUUAACAAUAGAGCAGAGAAAAGCUGAAAUCUCAGCUAAAGAGGCAGAAAAAAAAGCUGAGAAUGAAAUAAAAAUAAAAAAUGAAACAACUAGUUAAAGUAUUCUGGGCAGGCCGCAU